AUGGCUUCUAAAAGACACCUUGGGCUUGGGAAAGCAGCUGCAUCCAAAAAGCGGAAAUCUUCCGAAAACAAGGACACUUCAAAAUCGCAGGAGGAAAUCUCCGCCAAAGAAAAUGAGCUUACUGUGGAGUUGGGCGAAGAGGUGAAUGCCAACGAUGCCAUGGCUCAACUUCGUGCUUUGUGGAAAGAUUUCAUCAAGACCAAUGACAGGAAUGAACUCAAGGUUAACGGUAUUAUCCAUGAGUGUGACCGAAUUUUGAGAAAGUCACACCAAGAUGCAUCUGGUGAACAAAGCGACAAUGAGCAAAUCGAACUUACAGGUGAGUUCUAUGGGAUCUACGGGUUGGCCUUGUCUUCUUUGGCUUUCUUUUACACCGAGGAGCCUAAUAAAGUGGCAGACUUCUUCGCAGAAGCCAAGGACAGAAUAAGCAUCGGGAAGCAGAAAUUUCCUGACUCGAUAUCAUUAUUAUUUGCUGAGGCGCGUGUGCUCAUAAAUGAGAUCCCCUUGGUUGCCAUUAGACCUUUGACUGUUGAUAGCAAAGUCAGUAAAGAGCACAAAAAUGUCGCUUCUCUUCUUGACAACUGUCUAGCUGUUUGGGAAGGAGCCGAAAAACUUUCAGAAGAAAAAAAGAAAUACAAGCAUUACAAUUUGGAAAAUUCGGAUUUCUUGCAGGCCCUUGAUGAUUUACUCGACAUGAUCGACAACUUUGGCAAAGAAUCGCCAGAGGAAAAAGACAGCGAUGCAGAGGAUGAAAACGAGGAUGAAUUUGAGCUCAGCCCUAAACAUCCAUUGUAUGCAAUUGUCGAAACAGACAAAUACAACUUAUGGUGGAGAGAACAUACGCAACGCUUUCUCAACAACCUCAUUGAAAAGAUACGAUUGAAAAAUAUCUCCGAGGAGAACAACAAAGAUGCCAAUAUGGUUUUGCGCAGAGAGUUGAGCAAAAGGCUUGGUCAAUCGUUGUUAUUGGAGGCGGAGGAGCCUUGUAAUGUGUUCACUACAUUGACCUAUUACAGUAAAGGGGAGACCAAUUUAAACGGACUCACCAAGGAAGAGGCGCGGAAGAUCGGUCAAGACUUACUUAACAAAGCUCUUGAAUUUUUGAGAGUUGCCCAGGACGAAGAAGACCCUGACUCAUGGGCUGCUGUGGCAGAGGCCAUGAUAUCAUUGGGCAACAUGUACGAUUUGGACAGCGAUGAACAAGAGGCGAUUUACAAAGAGGCGGAGGAGAUUUUGAUGCGCGCUAAUAAUGCCACGAACGGUAGAUAUGAGAAGAUUCUCGAGAAUUUGACUCAGGCAUAG